CGGGACCUUGCGGCCGUGCGCGUGCGGGCGGGGCGAGUGCGGACGUGGCGGCGGUGGCGGCACCAUGCGGGGCUGCGGCGGCGACACCGGCACCGUGCGGGGUAGCGGCGGCGCGGACACCAGGCCUGGACAUCACAGACAACAUAAGGUCAAGAGGCCUCUGGGAAACAAAAAGUCUAAGCAACUUGAGGAGGUGGAAACUACUGUCCUAGGACUGAACAGUAACUAUGUUGAGACAGUCAGCAACAUUUCUUCUGCCUCACCGAAGAGUCCAGUGAACGGAAGUGCAGAGUCCAGAAGCAAGCGGACCAUUCGCAGGCCUGCUUACUGGUUGGAAAUGAGAGGAAUAAAAAACAGCAUUAACAAAUCUUCAGAAAAAAAAGCAGAAGUACUAUUGAAAGGCAAGAGGAAAUCUGAGCAAGGGGAACACGAAGAUCUUAUAGACUCUCCCAAGAAGAAGCAGAAGAUUUCAGGAAAAAAACAGCAAGCUGGAACACAACAGAACUCCAAAAUGAAAGGCCACUGUGUUAAGAGAGAACCAGAAACUGGCACAGGUAGUGUGGAAGAGCAAUGGUCUUUGGAAAUUCAGGACAAAGGCCGAGUUACGUGUCCAACAUGCCGGGCUGUGGUGAGAAAGACUGUAGAAGGACUGAAGAAACAUAUGGUAAAUUGCAGGCAGGAAAUGUUCACAUGUCAUCACUGUGGGAAGCAGCUGAAGUCUUUAGGAGGGAUGAAAUACCAUGUCAUGGCAGACCAUAACAAUCAGCCAGUUGUGAACGAGGGAGGAGAAUUGGAUGAGCAGCUUGAGCGAGACCGCCUUCGGAAGGUUUUGAAGCGCAUGAGAAAACUGAAGUGUACGAGGGAGGGCUGCACAGGCAGCUUCACUAGCAUAAAUGGAUACCUAUACCAUGUUAAAAAAUGUGGGAAGGCUGCUUCUGAGCUGGAGAAAAUGACUGUGCAGUGCCCUCAUUGUGGAAAAGCAUACAAAUCAAAGGCAGGACUUGUCUACCAUCUCCGAUCUAAGCAUGCGCUGGUCACUUUCCUCCAUGAGGAGAGAAGAACAGAGAGCCUGAAGGAAAUAAAACGGGAGCCAAAUAGCACAGGCAGAGUUCAGAGGAGAUCUGCAAAGGUGGCAAUCUACUAUCUCCAUGAGCUAGCUGGAGAAGAGCUGGCCAAGGAGUGGCCCAAGAGAAAAGUUCUGCAAGAUUUGAUUCCAGAUGACCGGAAGCUGAAAUAUACUCGUCCUGGACUGCCCACAUUUAGUCAAGAUGUGCUGUGCAAAUGGAAAACAGAGAUAAAGAUGUACCGAAGAGUCCAUUGCCCAAAUCAGGGUUGUGAAUCUGUAUAUGGCAGUGUCUCAGGACUCAAAUCUCACCUCGGCACGUGUACCUUGGGAGACUUUGUGGCUGGUAAAUACAAGUGUCUCCUGUGUGAGAAGGAGUUCAUUUCAGAGAGUGGGGUCAAGUAUCACAUCAACUCUGUGCAUGCUGAGGACUGGUUUGAUGUGAACACAACUACCACCAAAAGCUUUGAGAAGCUAAUGAAAAUCCGCCAAAGAGAAGAGCAGAGGAAGCAACGGAAGAAACAUUCUUUGACCCGGGGCAAAAAGAAGAGAAGUGGGACCCUGUCUGCCAAGAAGCUCCCCACUGCUGGCGUUGAAAAAAUGAGGAGAAGUAAGAGAGGUCAUCCGCAGCGGGUGGACAAUGAGAGCGCGAGUAGUGAGGAGGGGGAACCCCAAGUUGCACGGAGAGCUGAAUUUCUAAAAACCAGUCACAAGCGAGGCCGGAGUAAAUCCCUAGAAGAGGAGUAAUCCUAAAGCUUUUCAGUUAAAAGCUCCAGCACUGGGCAUUGAAUGUAUGUAGAGGGUCUUCCAGUCCAGUGAGGAAUAAAUACUCUCCAAUCUUUUGGAGAUUCACUGGCCUUUCAGAGACCCCCAGUAACUAAUGUAAUAAGAUGGCCUUUGUGGGCCCUCUGAAGACUGCUUGUUUCAGACUCACCUGGGAAACAUUCUUACUGCAAGGCAGUGCAUACCUACAAUAGCAGUCUGGCUAAUGCUGAAACCCAGGUUCCACUGAACUACCUUGCCAGUGUGUUGUUCUUUGUCAUGCCCAUGCUCCCAUAGUGUCCUUUUUUUCUGCACUGUAGACACCACCUUCAUUGUCUUAUAUCACCUGUUUCUUUUCAAUACUCCGUCCUUUGUGUGAAUGAGGUAUACUAGCAGUGGCUUCCCUGUGUAGAAAAGGUUAAAAGGAGAGGGCUCUUUAUUUUAAGUCAUGUGUUGGCAUGAACUCUGGAUCACAGGGAGUAUCUUCCUGCGCUCAAUAAAUGCAACAGAUGUCAUAGAAGCUACUAGAAAGCAGCAGCACAGGCAGUUCUAUUCUGUCUUUCAGAGAAUGGGUUCUCCAGAAUUUCUGUUCCCCGAAGACACACUGUACCAGGAAGUUGCAAAAUUUGACUUUUUCCUUGCAGUUUUGGAGGCAAGAAAAUAGACGGCUGCCUCCAUGUUACCUCCCUGUGAAUUUUCACUGUCUACCAAAGUUGCUGAUGCUGAAAUUCACAGGGAAGCCAUUGCAGUGCCUGGUGAACAGGCAGGUUUGUACGUAUGUGUUGUUAUCAGAAUAAUCACGCUGGCCCUGACAGUGGGAAGUGCAGUAUGGCCAGGGUGUUCUCAAGAACUGGCUCUCCCGUAUAAUAAGCAAAGCAGACUCCAGCUGACCAUGGUCUGUCUCUCACGGGGAUUAACACCUCCAUGGUAGUGAGACAGCAUGCCAGUGCUCCAUUGUGAUUUACAUGCAGUAGUUAGGCUGCCUUUUGAACUAUCUGUGUCUGUGGUUGCAAUGCUGCACUGAGAGUAUAAAUAUGUGGACUUUGGUGCAGGGUGUUUAAGGUCUGCAGUAAGAGGGGCAAGAUCAGAAGGUGACAAAAUAAAAUGUCACCAGUGCAAGAAUGUGGUUUCUUGUCUGUCUGGUGUGUAGUGUUCUUGGUACCAUCCCUACUUGCACAAGCCCCCAGCCUGUCCACGUGGUUGUCCUGCAUGCUCUGGUGCUGCUCGGUUGUCUGCACCAUUUCUCCUCAGUACUCGACUCCACACAGCUGUACUUUGACCACACAUAUUUACUACCUUCCCACCCAACAGAUGGGCAACAUGAUAAACCCAUGAAUUAAAGGAGGUUUUUCUUAGUGGAUUUCAGUCGAGUCCUAUUUACUGUCAUUUAUGUGUAACUAACCAGACCUGCUUUCUAGACACGGACACUUCAUGAACACCCGGAUUUUGUAGAGUUACAUCAACAACGUUCACCCACAUAACAUGGCACGUGGGG